AUGCUGGGCCCCCGCGGCGUGACGCGAGCACGGCAGCUCCGCCCCCUGCGUCUUUGGCCUCGCCGGCCUGUGGGGGAUGGUUCCAUCAUGGCGUCAAUGCAGAAACGACUACAGAAAGAACUGUUGGCUUUGCAAAAUGACCCACCUCCCGGGAUGACUUUAAAUGAAAAGAGUGUUCAAAAUUCAAUUACACAGUGGAUUGUAGACAUGGAAGGUGCACCAGGUACCUUAUAUGAAGGGGAAAAAUUUCAACUCCUAUUUAAGUUUAGUAGUCGAUAUCCUUUUGACUCUCCUCAGGUCAUGUUUACUGGUGAAAAUAUUCCCGUUCAUCCUCAUGUUUAUAGCAAUGGUCAUAUCUGUUUAUCCAUUCUCACAGAAGACUGGUCCCCAGCGCUCUCAGUCCAGUCAGUCUGUCUUAGCAUUAUUAGCAUGCUGUCCAGCUGCAAAGAAAAGAGACGACCACCAGAUAAUUCUUUUUAUGUUCGAACAUGUAACAAGAAUCCAAAGAAAACAAAGUGGUGGUAUCAUGAUGAUACUUGUUGAUGCCACUGUUAUCAUCCUCCUAGCAGAAGAUAGUCCUACUGAGAAAAUGAGCACUUUGAUCAUUCAGUCUUUGAACUUUAACCUUUGACUGGAAGUGACCUAUAGGCAAUGAAGACUACUUCCUUUUACUGCAUUUUUACUCGUGUGCAUUCUGGGCGCAUGUUGAUCGCUGGUUCAGUCCAGGCAACUGACAUGCUUUUAUUAGUCAUACAGUAUUAAUGCAGGUGUCAGGAAAUGUCAAAUAUAAUUCCAUUUUUUAUUUUUAUUUUUUUAAGCUUUUGGAAAAGUUCCAGGUCCUCACGUAUUGUGCAAUAACAAUGACUUCCUUGGCGGUUUUGGGACGUUCAUUGCCGGCAAUGGACGUUGUAAAAGAAAAGGUUUUCAUUUACUCCUGCCACCAAAUGGUUAAUGCAUGAUAAGGGCCUAUGAAAUGAACUUAUUGGUUAUAAUGGGAUUAUAAAUAAAGUGAGGGAUCCAACAUUACUUUGAAAGUCACCCCAACGGUUUAUAUUUGGAUUCUAUGCACUGUGAUCCUACGGUUAGCAGCAUGAAUUAACAUGCGUCUUAAAGGACUGUAAUGAAAGAUCAUUGCAUAUUUAUUGAAUUGUUUAUAUCUGCUGUCAAAUUGUUUUGACAUGGAAGGUUUUCAAGUAACAUUGGCAGAGAGGUACAAUAUGUUAUCCCUAUGGUGAAAUAAACUCAUUUGUUGUAUAUAGUUCCUCAAAUCUCUGAAGUAAAGGUAUGAGUAAUAUAGGGUGUGAAUGGUUUAAUCAAGGCUUUAUUUUGGAAGUUAAAAAAAAAUGGCAGUGAUGAUUGAAUUGCUGCAGUCCAUAAUUUGGGCUUGUAAUUUGUACAUUGAAGAUUUUUCCAAGUAGAUUACACUCUGUUACUUCCUGCUAGCCAUCAGCAUGAGCCCUACUGCCUAAACACUAUUUCAUUUAUUUAUGUUUGGAAAAUCCAUAAACAUUUUUGUUUGCAAUCUUGUUUCUUUUGUUAUGUUUUAAGUCAAGUUUGAAUGUUACAAUACUUUAAUUGGAAACUUUUGUCAAGUUUUUUUCUUGUAAAUUUUCUUUACUUGUAAGCAUCAUCUUGUCCUUCAAUCCUGUACCCUAAAAUAAGAAAUACAUUUUUGACAGAGGCUUAAUGUUUUAACGAAAGUGUGGACAUUUUUAUUUUAAAAUUUAGGCAAAGGUACACCUAUAACAUGGUAUGUUUGCUUAUUUGUCUCACACAAUCAUACAUUUUUUCCUGGUGGGAUUUGUUUUAUUUAGUAUUUUUGUUGUUGUUGUUGUUGUUAUUUAAAAGACUUUGCUUAUAGCUAGGUAAAGUUUUUCUACAGGGAAAAAUUUGUUGAAAGGUCCUAAGUAUUCUCAGUACUAAGUAAUGGUACUGCAACUAGGUUCUCUUUUUAAAAAGCAAUUAAUGUAUUUUAUAAAUUACCUUUUCACAUAUGCAAAAUCUGUUUCUACUACAAUGUUAUUUUUACUAAUGCCUUAUUGUUGAGCUCUUUUUGAAAUAUCCUGCAGUGAAUAUAGUAAUCAAUUUGGGCUUAAAAAUAAAGCUAAUUGGCUGAAAGAUUCAAAAUAUGUACCCCAGCAAAACCAAUCAAUAAUUGGCAAGAAUAUUUUUAAAAUAUUGUUUUUAAUCUCUGUAUAGAUGACAUUUUAUAGCUUUGUACAUGUUGUUAACUAAGGGCAUAUAAUUUUACACUCUAAAAAAGUAUAUAAUUGCUGAACUCAGGGGUGGGUAGACUUCAAAAAUACGUCUGCUGUAGAAAUAACUUGAAAAAAACAAACCGUGUCCAGCUACCAAAUUGUGGGCAUUGUUUAUAAAACUACUAGUUAACAACUACCACUUUUUAAAAAUUAUACACAUUUUUGUUCUAUCUUGACUAGAUAUACAUAAGUUCUCACAGUGGUCUCUAUCAGCCAUAUUAGUUGGCCUGUUUAACCAAGACAGAAAAUGUUUUUUGGAAUGCUUUGAACUACUCUUAGUUUUUGACUUCUUUUUAAUAUGAAAUUUGCAGUUGGAAAUUAUGUAUGUUCAUAUUUUACAUAAUUGCUCUAAACUACUGAUUGAUUUGAUCAUUUUCCAGUGGGGAAAAAAAUCUGUCCAGACUGCUGGUCUUCUUACUAAAAUCAUUUUAUAAAGAGAUGACCUGUGGCAUUUAUUCACCAAAGCAAGGAUUAAUAAUGCUCUACUAUAGAUUAAUAGGUCACGCAUAGACUCAACUGAGUUUUUUAGAAUAAAAAUGACAGUAUUUUAACAUACCUCUCUCUACAUACAGAUAUCAUAAAAUAGGUUAAAAUGAAGCAGAGGAAAGUAAUGCAAAACCAAAUAAUUUUGGUACAUUUUUAUGGUUUAAAGAAAAGAAGACGAAACAUCCUAAAUGUAGGAGUGCCAACCAUUCAGAAAUUGUAAUCAGACAAAAGUUUGUUCAUUACUCCUUUUGAAUUUAGGAAUUACUGAAAACUCUUUUGCACUUAGAUUUAAUUAUUAAUUUUAAAUAUAAGUUACAUUAUUAAAAGACAUAAGAAGUUUACCGGAAUCAUUGCUUUAGAAAGGGCAAUUAAUUGCUUUGUAAUAAGAAGAAUGUUUUCUGUAAUGUGUUGUUCCCUGACAGCCAGAAUACCAAGAAAAUGUACAUAGGAACAUGUUCCUUCCCUUUUCCCUGCAUCCCCUCAGUGGGGCACUAUUUGCUGCAUAGGUCUACAGAAUUAUACUUUCAUAUUUAGAAUAAUAUGUACUCUCUUCCUUUUUAUUUAUUUAUUUAUUUAUUUUAGGCCAUUCUUCUGGUUUGCCAAAUUCUGUUAAGACAGCGAUACAUUCAGUUCUUUAUUUAUGCAUGUUUAGGUCGUGAACCUGGUGCCCUUUCAAAAAAGAAAAUGUCAGGUUAGGUGUUAAUAUUAUAGAUUUUGAAGGGAGAUUGGAUUUAGUUGUAUUUUUUUUUAAAAUAAUAACGUUUUAUGGCUGUUAAGGAAUUAAUAUUCACCUCUAAAGGACUUACAUGUAUAAUUCCUUAUUUUAUCUAGCAGGGAAAUAAAGCAUUUUUUUAUCCCCAGAAGAAAAUGCUGAAAAUAGCUUUUGUAUAGUCAACAGUUCGACCAGAGAAAGAUCUUAAGCCUCGUUGUUUUGACUAGGUAUAUAAAUAUUUGGUAUCAAGUAACUAGAAUAGUUUAUUACUUUUUCCCUUCUGACAUUUCAAAUAUAUGCAAGAAAAUAUGUAUCAUUAGAUUUCUGUGCUGGAUAAUAAUUUCUUCAGAUUCUAAAACAGGUAUCUGGUGACUGCUUCAUUUGUUCCCAGACUGCAUCACAGGUGAAUUGACAAACAAUGGAAAUGAGUAGUGAUAAUGGAAAUGGUAUGUAACUACAUUUUUUUUGUUUCUGGUAAUCAAGUCUUAUUUUUUAAAAAAGCCUAUUGUUUUUGAAAAUUGAGAUAUUUAAAACUUGUUAAAACUUCUUGCAAAAAAUAGAAGAGAAGAGGAGGUACUGUGUGUUCAAAUUUUUUUAAAUAAAGAAUUCAGUGUCACUAGUUCUAAGCCUUUAUGGUUACUGUUGCUUCUAUUUCUCGAUCUCACUGUAAGUUUUUUGGUACAUAUUUUAGCUGAAUGCUUAAAUUUUCAUUCGUGUUUAAUUUUGUAUAUAACUUAGUUUUCAAGAACUGAGGCUUAGCCAUACUUUU